UAACGCGAUACCGUGCGUGUCCGUGUGGGUGGUAUACAUGUGUACACGUGCACACGUCAGGAAUGUCAUUUUCGUUUGACUCAGCCAGCUCAUGUUUAUGGUUCCUGAUCAUCGUGUCGUGUGGCUUGUGCAAUCCUUUCUGUGAAUAAAAAAUGGUGCUUCUGAAUGCACAAUUUAUUUUGUUAAUAAAUCUGGGUCUACUGUCGAUCCAUCCCAGCGUAGGAGAAAAUAAAUACUCCGCUGAGGCGAACAAAGCUAAACAUGUUGACUCCUCGCAAUUCCCGACUUCUCUCCGAGACUUGGAUAAACCGUUCAGAAUGGCAAAGUUGAAUGUUCUUUGGGUUAAGGCCAAAAACCGUUUAACGGAUACCAAGCUGCAGUCGAUCUUUAGUGAUCUGAAGAUUCAUGACAAAGAAGAGAUUGCAUAUAAACAUUUCAAGUCCGAUGGAAAGGAUCCCGAUGGCUUGGAAGAGGCACAUCUAAGACAAAAGCUCAUCGGAAUAAUGAGCACAUAUGGCUUACUGGAACAUUUUGCUGAGACUGAGGAUCCAAAGUUACUUAAAAUACACAAAGCACUGAACGAUGGUAGCAAUUAUGUUUCUAAGGAUGUAUUUAAGGAUGUAAGACUUAACAAAUUAUGGGCCAAAGCUGAAAUGGCUGGUUUUACUGAUGAAGAACUCGAAACUUUAAAACAAGAAUUUCAACAUCAUCAAGAAAAAGUGGAGGAAUACAUGAGUUUAUUGAAAGAGCAAUCUACAGAUUCAGAGAAAUCUGAAAAUGUCUUACAUCUUAAAUCAGAAAGCUGGAACGAGUUAGAAGAACAGGAAGAAUUAUCUAAUAAUAUACCAGAUCAGAAAUUAAGUCACACAGAUAAAGCAAAUUUACUUCGAGAGAAACACUUGGAACUAAGAAAUGGAUUCGAUCGUUUAGACAGACUCGCCGCAAAGGGACCAAAUCAUAAAGAAUUCAUAGAACCUAAGGUACAAGGAUUAUGGAGGAUUGCAUUGGAAGCAAAAUUCUCUCCUGAAGAGUUAUCAUCCUUAAAGGAGGAACUUUUGCAUUACGAAUCGCGGCUACUUAAGUUGCGACAUUUACAUGCGGAAGGAGCUCUGGAAGCAGCACAAAAAGGACAGCUUCAUGAUUCAGAAAAUUCAACUGCGGAACAACACAUAAAGAAACAUGUUAGAACUGUACAGAAGCUUCAUACAGAUCUAGAAAGCAAAAUCAUACAGAGGCAUUCGGAAUUAUAAGAAAUUAUAUAAGCUAUAGACCAUUGUCAUUUACAAAAAGUCAAAAUACAUGUUUUCUAAUAUAUACAAAUCAUUUAGAAACAGAUUAUUAUUUAUAGUAAAAUAAAUGAUGAAAUAAUCGUCUGUAAAUAUUUCAUCUAUAGAAAUAGUUUAUAUUCAAAUAAUUUAACUUACAUUUUUAGCAACAAUUUUUGCUGAGUAAUCUCAAUGAUUUUUCAACAAAACCAAUAAGAUUUGUACUAUAUAAAACAUUUAAAAAAUAUAUAAAUAAUUUGUACCAUAAGCAGAAUCUUCUGUAUAUGAACGAACUAUAGGGAACUAUUUUAUUUUAUCUAUGUUCGAGUACAUAAAAAAUGGAAGAAUGUAAAGGUUGUUUUUGAGUACAUUUAUAAUAUUUUCAACAAUUAAAUUACUAAUAUUAUAAUUACACUGCA